ACCACCUCAGGGAGGACCCUCUCAUCUGCCCCUAUGAAUUGUGGUGAGGCGAGAGAGAGAGAAUCUGAGUUUGGCUACAUGAGCUUGUGUCCAUGUCUGAUGCAUUUAAUUUUGUAAGGGAGGGUGUGCGCCAGGCACCUACCUCUGGGUAAAUGUGUCUGUAUAUGGAUCUUCGUAUAUACGUAUCUCUUUGUAACGAUACCUGCCGCUGCCUGCCUGUGGUUUCGUAGUAUGUGCAUAUCCCUUAGUAGGGGUCUGGGUGUCCUCGUAUGUCUGUCUCUCUGGGUAUAUGCGGUCUGACUGUGUCUUUGUUGAUCUUGCCUGUCUGUGUGCACGUGCAUGCUUGUGUGUGGCCUCUGGGUCCGCCUUUGCCCCCCUCCAGCCUGGGUAUCUGGCCAUCUCUGCGUGGUACCACCUCUGUACGGGCACACCUCAGUGUGCCAAGAUGGACUCAUCACGAGGAGAUGUGUGUAAGUGUGUGUGUGGUGUUUGUGCCUAUUGCCAUCUCUGUGGGCGCCCACAGAUCUCAGGGUGUGAGUCCCUGUGCUCUUCUGUGUAUCUUUCCAAGUGAUGGCAAAACAGCAGGAUGUGGUUUGCCCAGACCUUCUCCCUUGGGUGGCAGCCAGAGUGAUGUUAUUUCAUAAGACACCUGCUCUGUGCCCCUGCCUCGGCCUCAGGUGGACCCCCAGGGGUGGCCUCUUCUUUGCCACUCAGUUUGUUUGUAUUUGACCAGAGCAAUAACCCACCCUCUUGAGGCAGCCGUCCAAUGAGCCGUGGGUCCCAGCCGUGGACCUCUGGCUAGGGUUGGGAGGAGAGGGGCUUAGCGAGGGAGUUCUGCUGCAAAAGACCAUCACAGACGACCUCCCCUCCCCCUCGCACACACAUAUCUGACCCUAUCGUGGGUGCCAGGCUGUGUGGUGCUAUCCUGGGGCAGGCUUGGGGUCUGCAGUGUCUCCCUUCAUUUGAGCGUACCCACAGCCAGGCGGUCACAUGUGUGUGCAUGUGACAUGACUCAUGCAUCAUCCCAGCGGCCCUGGGGGCCAGGGUUCACUGUGAAUGUCAGCAGCAGACGGUGGGUGGCACAGAGGAGUGAUGUGGGAAGGGUGCUGGGGAAGUACCCAGACGCCACCGGAGAGGUCCUGACCUCAAAUCAACAUGUGCCCUAGGCCUUGUGUGGGAGAAAAGUGUACCCGGUUGGGAGGAGGGCCUGGAAGGCAUUUCUGGGUGACUGUGUUGACUGGAGGGAGAGACUAAAUCACCAAGUGCCCUGGCACCCCUUCUUCAAAUCGCCUCCACACCUAGUUCCUUUGUUCCUCAGACCCAUUCCUGUCCUGCCCUUUCCUCCUCACCCAGCCAUAAUUCCCACUUCACAGAUGAGGAAACAGGCUCAUAGACUAAGUGUACAGCCCAAGGCCUCAGAGUUCAAUGUCUCUGGAACUCCAGUGCAGGCCUCUGGACUGCAGGUCUGGGAGGGAUGGUCUGCCACAAUUCCACAUUCCUCCACCUUCUCCUCCCCUCCCCUGGGAACCCACAUAGGGGUGAGGGGCUUCUGUGCGUCUGAGAAUUCUAGGAAGAGGCCCCUCCUCUCUCCACCAGCCCUCCCCUUCUGGCAUCCCCAUUACAAAUAACUCAUUAGAUUAAAGAUUGAGCUCCCAGCUCCAACACCUCCGGAGGUUCCCCACGAGGCCUGAAGGUCAAAAUCCCCACUAUUCACUGCAGAGCCUUCCAGCCGCAGGCACCGCCCCCUCCCCUCCAUACCUCCACUCUGCCGUGACUUCGUGAACCUGCCCGGCACUUUCAGCUUGGGCCAGGCCCACCCACUGCCUGGGAUGCCCCUGUCCUGGUGAAACUUCACUUUUUCUGCAGUGAAACCUAAUAGACUCUCCCCCGCAGACCUACGGCUUUCCACGCGCUCCUGUGUGAUCCCAAAGCAUUUUGCUGGUGCCUCCCUAGCGCCCUGUUUGGCUCUCGCCUGUGAGCUCCUCUAAGAACUGACCGGUGCACGUGACGAAUGAAUGACUCUGUCCCUCCCGCUGGCGGGACACCUUUCCUGAGGUCUCGCCUCCGUCGCUCCGGCUGCAGCGCCCGCAGCGGAGGAGGUCGAGCGCGUGCUGGGCGACAGCCGGGGCAGGUGAGCCCCGGGGCGCCGCCACCCGGCCCGCCACCCCGGCCCUCGCCGGCUGCUGGCGCCUCUUCGCCCCGGUUACCGCUAGUGGCUGCUGUCGCUCAGUGGAGCCCAAGGAGACCGCGGCCAGAGCGUCCACCGCGCAAGAUGGUGGCUCCCGAGUCUCCUCUCCCACCGGCAGAGCGGGAAUAACCGUUCCCAGCUAAGUUAGAUGGAUGGUCCCCAUUAGCCUGGCGCGCUGCUCCCCUCCUCCCCCCACAAUUUCCAUUGUCAAGGGAGGUGCUGCCGUGUGUGGGGGGAGCCUGGGGGACCAGAGCAUUUGGGUGGGGUCAGGGGUGCCCUGCCCCUUGAGCAGGAAUGGUACCCCCGGGGAAGAAACCAGCCGGAGAGGCCUCCAACUCCAACAAAAAAUGCAAGCGUUACUUUAACGAGCACUGGAAAGAGGAGUUCCCCUGGCUGGACUUCGACUACGAGCGGAAGCUGAUGUUUUGUCUCGAGUGCCGCCAGGCCCUGGUGCGGAACAAGCACGGCAAAGCCGAGAACGCCUUCACCGUGGGUACCGACAACUUCCAGCGCCACGCCCUGCUGCGCCACGUGACCUCAGGGGCUCACCGCCAGGCUCUGGCUGUCAACCGGGGCCAGCCCACUUUUGAGGGCCAAGCUGAGGGAGGAGGGGCCUACCCAGACCUGGCCACCACCCCCACCCCCACGGGCGUCAAGGUGGAGGUGGACCCGGCCAAAGUGGCGGUGCUGACCACGGUGUACUGCAUGGCCAAGGAGGACGUGCCCGACGACCGCUGCUCUGCCCUGCUUGAGCUGCAGAGGUUCAACCUGUGCCAGGCGCUGCUGGGCACGGAGCAUGGCGAUUACUACAGCCCCAGGAGGGUGAGGGACAUGCAGGUGGCCAUUGCCAGUGUCUUGCACACAGAGGCCUGCCAGCGCCUGAAGGCAUCCCCAUAUGUGGGGCUGGUGUUGGACGAGACCAGGGACUGGCCCGAGUCCCACAGUCUGGCCUUGUUUGCCACUUCGGUGUCCCCCUGUGAUGGCCAGCCUGCUACCACCUUCCUGGGCAGUGUGGAGCUACAGGAGGGUGAGGCCACCGCUGGCCAACUCCUGGACAUCCUGCAGGCCUUCGGCGUGUCUGCACCCAAGCUGGCCUGGCUCAGCUCGAGCCUCCCCAGUGACCGCCUUGGGCGUGUGGGCCCACAACUCCGGGCCGCCUGCCCGCUGCUCACCGAACUACACUGCCUCCCUGGCCGGACAGAUCCUGAGCCCCCUGCCUACCUAAGCGAAUAUGAAAGUGUGCUGGAUGCCCUAUUCCGCCUCCAUGGUGGCCCCAGUUCUCACAUGGUCCCUGAGCUGCGGGCAGCACUGGACCUUGCAGCUAUUGACUUGGCAGGACCGCGGCCAGUGCCCUGGGCCUCCUUGCUGCCUAUCGUGGAAGCAGUGGCUGAGGCUUGGCCUUGCCUGGUGCCCACACUGGAGGCCUCUGCUCCAGCCUCCCCUACAGCCAGGGCACUGGCCCUCGCCCUGCGCCAGUUCACCUUCGUGGCCUUCACCCACCUGCUGCUGGACACUCUGCCAUCCAUGCAGAAGCUCACCCUUGUCCUGCAGCCUGAAGAGCCGGACUUGGCCUUGUUGCAACCCCUGGUGACGGCAGCCGCAGCCUCCCUCCAAGCCCUGCGCAGCUCGGGUGGGGCGCACCUCCAGGGCUUCCUGCAGGAGUUGGCGUCCUCCAGCUCUGACUUGGGCGGUGGGCGCUGCACCUACCGCGGCGUGGAGCUGGUCGGCUACUCCGAGGCUGCGGUGCGGGGCUUGCAGCGGCUGCGGGGGGCCUUCCUAGAUUCCAUGCGGCGGGGGCUGCGGGACUCCUACCCCGGGCCCUCGCUGGACGCCGUGGCCGCCUUCGCGGCGAUCUUCGACUCGCGCGGCUACCCGCAGGCCCCCGAGGAGCUGGGCGCGCACGGCGAGGGGGCACUGCGGGUGCUGCUGCGCGCCUUCGCCCCCGCGGUGGUGCGCCAGAGGGCGCUGGGCGACUUCGCGCUCUUCAAGCGCGUGGUGUGCAGCCUCGGGCGGCUGGGCCCGCGGGCCUUGUGCGCCAAGCUGGCCUGCGCGCGCUCCGAGCUGCACGAGCUCUUCCCGGACUUCGCUGCCCUUGCCGCCCUGGCCUUGGCGCUGCCCGCGGGCGCCGGCCUCCUGGACAAGGUGGGCCGCAGCCGGGAGCUGCGGUGGUGGGGGCAGAGCGGGGCAGGGGCAGGCCGGGGCGGCCCGGCGGUGAAGAUCGCCGUGGAUGGGCCCCCGCUGCACGAGUUUGACUUUGCACUCGCCGUGGAGUUCUUGGAGAGUGGGUGGGCGGAGGGGCUCCUGGGGUCACAGCUCACGUGAGGGCAGCCCCCUUCCCUCCGCCCAGACAGCCUGGGGCCCUGAGCACUCUAGGGGCCAAGACAGACUCUAGGUGACCGUGCUGCACCCAAGCUGACCUCCUAACUGUGGCCUUCCAACCACCUGCCCUGUGCUUCCUCCGCUCCACGCUGAGUACUAACCCAGCCCUGUGGGCUGUGGAGGAAGGGCUGUGUCGAGGGGGUCCUGGGCGAGCCCACGGAGAUGCUGGGUUUGGGGACACCCUCAGUAUCACUCCUGCCCUUGCCAGAGUUUGGGGAGGAAUAGCUCACCAUUUUCCCUCUGGACCCAGCCCAGGUUUGGGCCAUAGAAAAGCUGAGGAGUCUUGGUUGGAGGGAGAAAGGAAGACUGGGUCUGAGGGAUUGAGGGAAAGGGGAAUGGGUCCUUGGCUGUUAGCUCCCUGCCUGGCAGCAUCUCUUCUCUUCAGAUAGGACUAGACGGCAGAUGACUUCCUUGGUGUCGACACAGCACAGCACCCUCUCUGUGCACAAGCUACCAGUUCAAGGGAGGUGGGGGUGGUACCCUACCUCCCCACCCACUGGUAGGCUGCCUAUAUGUGGCUGUGUAUAUAGAUAUACACAUCUACAAAUGUAAAAUAAAUCUAUCCUAUCUUGCAUAUCGUUAACACACAAAAAAUCGAAAAGGACUUCUUCCGGCUUUGCAAUGACAGAGUCCAGAAAAGUUUCAACGGACUGCAUUUAUUUCUAAUGUUUUUCUUCCUCAAAGUCUGGUUGCUCCCCAAAGUUCUGAGCCUUCCCCCACCCUUGCCUCAGACCUUUAAGACCAAAGACUGUAAAACCACAGGGCUGAAAGGGCCAACUCUGAGGACCAGCCUCGGGCCACACCCAGGAGCUGGAGGGCUUUUUGCCUCCUGGGAGAAGGAGUUGGGGCCUCGCCAGAGCUGGGGGGGGAGGGGGGGGAGGACACAUCCCUUCAGAUUCCAAUGGGUUUCCCAUCCCCUCUGUCAGCCUUGCUGUGACUGUGUGGGCAUUAGUGAGAGGGGUUUGGGUUUAACUUGCAAUAAACUGGAAACCCAGUGCAUCUCGCAGUCUCCAUGGUGCUGUGUGUGUGUCAGGACUCCUCUGGCCUGGGAUUCAUGGGGUACUUCUGCUACCUCUAUAGGGGAUGGGAGGGGCAUCCUCCUGGACUGGGAACCACAAACUGUGGGCUUCUGCUCCUCCGGUUGUGGAGAGGAGAGGCACAGAAAUGGGCGGUAAUUGCCCUGGGCUUAGCCAGUGCUACUUUGUGAAGAGGGAGACAGGAGUUUCUGCCCCAGCUCCACACCCGAGAAGCCCAUCCGCCUCUUUUUCUGGCUGUGGAGGUAGAUGUGAGCCCCGUGGCUCCCCAUUUCAGACCCUGCCCUUCUUCCUCCUGCAGCAGGCCCGGCCUCCAGUGCCCCCAGCCCCCUGCUGGCCUCCCUGCCCCUGCCUGCCAGGCCUCUGCAGCCCCCGCUGGACUUCAAGCACUUGCUCGCCUU